GAAAAGAACACAUUUUGAUUUUUCUUCUUUGUUAAACUGUUUUUAUACUGCUUUGGUUCAACUACUUUUUUUCAGCAUGGACCCUUAUCAAGGAGCAGUUGGCGUUCCAGUACAUGUAACUGUGUUACGAGGAAAUAAUUUGUUCCAGAGAGGCAAUAAAAACGAGCCUUUUCUCAACUUUGUCCGCGCUGAAUUUAAUGGGACACAACUGGGAGACUCACAAAAGUGUGAUGCGGCUGUGGAUGAGAGCGUGAAUUACAACUUCUUCUGCAGCUUUGAAUGUUCGGAAUCAGCCCAUACUCUGGAUGACCUGGCACAAAAACCUGUCAUAUUAACGGUAAUUGAAAUCUUACCAAAGGAGAAGAAGCAAAAGGAGGAGAAAACUUGUGUUUUGGGCCAGGCUGUUGUAGACCUGCUCCCUCUGUUGCAUGGGAAGUGCAGCUUCUCUUCUACUGUGGUACUUCAUCCUUUGCCAGGAUUACCUACUGAGAUUGACUCAUUGGACAGAGGAAUUAAGCCAACACUGGAAGUCAUGGUCAGUGUUCAAGAGCCUUUGCUUUCAGAUGCCCAGCUUUCAGAGUCCAAUCUGUUAACAGUCACUGUGGAGACAGCCUUCUCUGUGCCUGAGGUCUGGAGCCCUGGUCCGCCUUCCAGUUAUGUAGCUGCUAUGCAAGUCCCCCUCAUGGCAGAGAGAGAACAGAUAUUGUUGUUCUCCGAUGGUGUAUUAAAAAUGAGUGGCGAAAGAGAGCCAGUACCUCGACCCAAAAAGUGGCCCCUUGGCCCACUCCUGGCCCCAGAUGCCCAAUUCAUCCCUGGGGUGUACAUUGAAAGUGAACCCUCUGAUUUGGAGGAUGGAGACCUGAACAGUGAAGAGGACAGGGAGUUUCGAGCUGAAGCUGAGUGUAACAGGAAAAGAGUGAGCUGGGACACAGAGCACCGUUGCUUUAUGGAUGCCGAAGGAGCUGCAUGUCUGACCCGCAGGAUCAUCGAGUGCAGAUGGUGGCCAGUGGAGAUCAUGAGGGCUCCUCAGGCCGGAGGUGCCAAACUAGGUGCAGGCAAAGCAGGCAAAGACAAACCCCAAGCGGAGGAUGAGAUUCAGAUUCCCUUUCAUGGAGUGGCCUAUGUGGACUUGGCACCACUGUUGUACCCUGGCGUAAAACAUAUCCACGGGGCAUACUACCUCCACCCAUUCUAUGACUCAGACCUCUUCAUGAAGACCAAGAGGACCAAGAGUGUUCUGCGUGAGAGCAUAAGGGCUCCAGCGGCCCAGGGCCGGCCCCGCCCCCCCUCCUCCAUGAGCUCCUGCAAGGCUACACCCAGUAAAGUCAUCGACACCCAGAGAGGAGGCAAGGACAACAGAGAAGCUCCCAAGAAGACAGGUACCCAGGGAAAACCAGCCCAGGCUGAGAGUCUGAUAGAUGUUGAACUGCAAAUGAAUGCAGAAGGACAGAUGUAUGCAGAUUCAAGAUCAUACAUCAUUAUUGAAAUUACCUUGGAGAAACCGUUGAUUCCAAAGAGGCCACCAGAGGAGCUGGCAAAACGAGUGAUGGAAUUGAUUCCCACCAGGCCUUCACUACCCCGAUGCCCAGUCGGAGCAGAAAGAGCAGUGCAAGAGUACAAGGCCCAGAUAGCAAGUGUGGCGGCACAGGUAUUGGAGGAGUACCAGCAGAUGUUUGGAGCUGCGUUUGUCGCCGGAGCUGAACCUCUGGAUCCCACCACCCAAGAGCAGCGAAAGAGCCAGCUGUUUGGAGAGCUUAACUGCUCAGGGAAGUAUUUUGCCUUUAAGGAGCAGAUGAAGUAUUCGGUGGUGCGGAUCGUGCGUGAGAAGAUGCUGAGGACCGAGGCGUUCACCGAGCCAGAGCAGCUGCAGGCAUUUCUCAGUCAACUCUACAUUUUCCUGGUGGAUGAGAUGCAUGUGGCACUCAACAAGACCCUGACAGCAGAUGUCCAGGAGGUCCAAGCUCAGCCACUGCUAGACUGUGCUCAACUCAUACAUUUUGCCAGGGAGGCAGAGCUAAACGGGGAUUACAAGCUAGCCGCACACUAUUACAAGGAGCGGCUAGCACGAGAUCGGAGCAAUCCAUCCCACUGGUUUGAUUAUGGUGUGUUCUACAUGCUCACAACCGACUACUCAAAGGCCGAGGAGUGUUUUCGUACGGCUGUGUCCAUUGACCAAUCACACGUAUCCAGUUUGCUAAUGUGUGGGAUUCUGUCAGAAAUGAACGAGCAGUAUGAGGAGGCUGGGACCUUUCUCGAGGGUGCCACGUGUAUCGACCCCAGCAGCGUGAUUGCCUGGACUUUGUUUGGGUUGUUCUACCUGGCCCAGGAGAACUUCAUCCAAGCAGAAAUGGCCUUUCAGGAAGCCACCAAGCAGCUGCGAGCUCCCCUGCAGAAAAGCCCUGUGUGUGGACCAGAUCCAACGGGCAAUACUUCCUCACCCGCACAGGAUGAAGAGAAGGAGGAAGUGGGCACUACAGAGUCUCCAACUGACCAGGAACACAAACCAGCAGUGGAAGUGCUUGGUGAAACAGAAGAGGCCAGGAUCCAGACUAGUCACGUGAUUCAACCAGAAGAGGGUGACAAAGUAAAUGCAGAUGAUAAAGCUACUGUGCUACAACAUAAUACCACCACCAGACUCAACACCACCAUCUAUAUGGUGACAGUGAAGUUUUUACUGAGGAAUUAUGCAUUACAGAUGGCCCAGAGGGCUUUGGCUCAAGAGCUGCUGUGUCCAGAUGGGGGGCCAAGCAGCUCAUAUCAUUUGGCCCUUGCCCAUGUGCAGCUGCUCCGAGGAGAGUACAGCAAUGCUGGGGCUAGUCUGCAGGAGGCCCUGAGUGACAACAUCCAGAAUCCAGACAUAUGGGCCCUGUAUGGUCACUGGUACUACUUGGUGAAGGACUAUCAUCAAGCUCAAAAGUGCUAUGAGAGAACACUGGACUUUGUGACAGAUGCUUCCGAUACACAUCAUAUCUACAUCCGACUGGGCUCCAUCUACUUACAGAGUGGAGAGUAUGAAAAAGCCAAGCCCAUAUACCUCCGUGCCUGUGGAAGCUCUCCGUCCUGUUUCACUUGGCUAGGGCUGGGCAGCGCCUGCUACAGGCUUGGGGAGCUGGCAGAGGCAGAGGAUGCCCUGACUGAAGCCAACAUUCUUGAUAAUGGGAACCCAGAGGUCUGGGGCUACCUGUCAUUGGUUUGUUUAAAGACUGGAAGGAAAGUGGAGGCUGAGCAGUCAUACAAGUAUGCUUUAAAGUUCAAUUUACCAGAAGAGCCACUUCUACAAGAGAUCAAAGAGCUGCAGGCUCAUGUUGGAUUUGGAAACCCUUGUUUUCGAUAACACUUAUCCAAACAACUGUUUGCUCUUUUUGGAGUAGUACAUCUAUUUUUUCCCUAGCAGGUACAUUGGUAGAUAAUAAAUUUGAUGUAACUUCAUGUGUUAACAUUAA